AUGGAGGACCCUCACCCUCCCGACGCUGAGCCGCUACCCCCACCCGAGCUCGGUGCUGUCUUGACCGAGUUCCGAGAAGAGCUGACACGGAUACGGGAGAGGUUGACCCGUAUCGAGGAGAAUCACGUGCCUCCAGGCGCACCCUUGCGAGCAGUCCUAGGGCGACAACAACAACAUCACUACGAGCCGGAACAACUGGAGUCUUCCGGAGAUGAGCGACGUCCUCGCCCCCGCGGACGAUAUGAAGGCCGACCUGAAGAUCUUCGAGCGCAAGAACCCGGACACAAAUUAUCCAUUCCAACGUUCGCCGGUAAAGUCGAUCCCGAAGCAUAUCUUGAUUGGGAGAGACGAAUGGACCACGUCUUCUCGUGUUACAACUACAAUGAGCGACGGCAAGUCACUUAUGCCACUGCUCAACUAACCGACCAUGCUCUCACUUGGUGGGAUCGAGACAUGGCCGAACGAAGACGAAACCUCGAGCCGGCUAUCUCGACUUGGGAAGCCAUGAAGAACAUCAUGCGGCGGAGAUACGUACCACCACUAUACCAUCGUGAUCUCCAGAAGCGGUUCCGGCGUCUCACUCAAGGCACCAAGUCGGUCGAGGAAUACUAUGAAGACUUCGAGCAUUUGCGGAACCGGCUCCAGCUCGACGAAUCUGAGGAAACCCUUAUGGCGCAAUUCCUCGACGGACUACAAGACCGAAUCGCGAGAAAGGUUGAGAGACAACCUUACGCCGGUAUUGAAGAGCUCCUACAUCUCGCGAUGCAAUGUGAACAACAAAUCAAACGGAAGGUUGCUACCUUGAAUCGAAGCCGCGUCCAAGGAACCCCGAGUUGGUCACCAAGUGCUUCGCCCGUUAGCAAGCCCCAAGACAAGCCAAAGGUUGCUGUUGUCGAGUCUCGAUUCAGGCCGAGAGAAAAUAACAACGAUGCUCGGACUAACCCAAGGCGACAACCGAAUGAAACGCGCAGCCGAGACAUUAUUUGCUUCAAGUGUCAAGGCAGAGGGCAUAUGGCGAGAGAUUGUCCGAACCCACGAACAAUGAUCAUCACCGCAGCUGGAGAGGUCGAGUCUCAAGAUGAAGCCGACGACCCGAUCGAGCAGAAUCCGGUUGGCGAGAUCGAAGAAGUCAUCGCGGAACCCGAAGUUGGCGAGUUACUUGUCAUCCGAAGGAUCCUUAGCGUCUCGCAACAACCCGAUGAUGCCAAUCAGCGCGAUAAUCUCUUCCACACCCGUUGCACUGUAAGUGGGAAGGUUUGUGGCUUGGUCAUAGAUGGUGGCUCGUGUACCAAUGUCGCGAGCACCUACAUGGUCAAGAAACUCUCUUUAACGACCACAAACCACCCUCGACCUUAUAAACUUAAGUGGUUGAACGACAAGACCGUGAUUCAAGUUAAUGAACAAGUCACGGUUCCUUUUGCCAUCGGCCCGUAUCAAGAUCAAGUCUUGUGCGAUGCUGUACCAAUGCAAGCUAGCCACGUCCUCUUAGGACGUCCGUGGCAGUUUGAUAAGGGAACCAACCAUUGCGGUCGAACCAACCAAUACUCUUUUAUGCAUGAUAAUAUACGUAUUUGUUUAACACCUUUGUCACCAUCCGAAGUUAAUGAAAUGCAAUCGAAACUGUCUAAGGAAACCAGCACUAAAAGAAAUUUUUUGAUUAAUCCUAGUGUAGUUAGAAGGUCACUAAGUGAUCCUACUUGUAAAAUGCUACUCAUGGUUUUUAAAGAUGAUGUGAUUGUAGGACCUAAGGAACCCUACGUACCGGACGAGAUCAAAUCCAUCUUGGAGAAGUACAAGGACGUAUUUCCGGAAGAACUACCCAAAGGUUUGCCACCAAUCCGAGGCAUCGAACAUCAGAUCGACCUAAUACCGGGUGCUCAACUUCCCAACCGUCCCGCGUAUCGAGUCAACCCGGAAGAGGCUAAAGAAUUGGAGCGACAAGUAGCCGACCUCAUGAAGCAAGGCUAUGUUCGGGAAAGCCUCAGUCCGUGUGCCGUUCCUGUUCUCCUUGUACCCAAAAAGGAUGGGUCGUGGCGAAUGUGCGUGGACUGUCGAGCCGUCAACAACAUAACGAUCAAGUAUCGACACCCGAUCCCGCGCUUGGACGACAUGCUCGAUGAGUUGAGUGGCUCCGUAAUCUUUUCCAAGAUCGAUCUCAAAAGUGGUUACCAUCAAGUCAGGAUGAAGGAAGGGGACGAGUGGAAGACAGCGUUCCAAACCAAACAAGGAUUGUACGAAUGGUUGGUGAUGCCGUUCGGACUCUCUAACGCUCCCUCGACCUUCAUGCGGUUAAUGAAUCAGGUCCUUCGAACCUUUAUUAAUAAGUUUGUGGUAGUAUAUUUUGAUGACAUUUUGAUUUACAGUAAGUGCCUAGAGGAGCACUUGGAUCACCUCGAGAUGGUGAUCCAAACCCUCCAAGAGGCGAGAUUAUACGCAAAUCUCACGAAAUGCGUUUUUGGAGCUAAUGAACUUGUGUUCCUAGGUUUUGUUAUUAGUGCGCAGGGUCUCAAAGUAGAUAAUGAGAAGAUCAAGGCUAUUGAGGAAUGGCCAACACCAAGUAACAUCGCACAAGUUCGGAGCUUUCAUGGAUUAGCGAGUUUCUAUCGGCGAUUCGUCCGAGACUUCAGCACCAUCGCCGCACCCCUCACCGCCGUGAUCAAAAAGAACGUCGAGUUUCAGUGGGGAGAUGCCCAGGAAAGAGCCUUCCAAGAGUUGAAGCAGAGGCUUACUGAAGCUCCCUUGUUGGUCCUUCCGGAUUUCAACAAGACUUUCGAGGUGGAGUGCGAUGCAUCGAAUGUAGGGAUAGGAGCUGUCCUUACCCAAGGUGGGAGACCUGUCGCCUAUUUCAGCGAGAAACUAAGUGGAGCUACCCUCAACUACCCGACGUACGAUAAGGAGCUCUAUGCAUUAGUCCGGGCGAUGGAAACUUGGCAACAUUACCUCCUAGCUCGAGAAUGCGUAAUCCACACCGAUCAUGAAACUUUGAAGCAUCUACGGGGCCAGACCAAUUUGAAGAAGAGACAUGCCAAAUGGUUAGAGUUCAUCGAAGCCUUCCCCUAUGUGAUCAAGUAUAAGAAGGGAAAGGAGAACAUUGUAGCCGACGCCUUGUCGAGGCGACACUCCUUGAUCACCACGAUGGACGCGACCAUUCUAGGAUUCGAAGGGUUAAAGGGUCAGUAUGAGAACGACCCGGAGUUUGGCGAGUGUUAUAGGGAGCAUGGGAAAGCAAAUUUCGAUCGCUUCUUCAUCCACGAUGGGUUUUUGUUCUGGGAGCAUCGGCUUUGUGUUCCGGACGGAUCGAUACGAGAGCUUCUUCUUCGAGAAGCAUAUGGUGGAGGAUUGACCGGUCACUUCGGAGUGGCCAAAACGUUAGCUGUGCUACGGGAGCAUUUCUACUGA